UGAAUGGGGACGAGUGGGCGAGAAGCAUUAGACCCUUGUCAUCUUGGUAUGCCCCUCGAAAACCAAGCAAUGGUCUCUACAAACCUGGUAGCUUUCCACUGCUUAGAUACCUGUCAUAUUUGCCAUCCCAUACCUAUUUAGUCCUUGCUCAACCCCGCGGUGCCCAGUAUGGGCAGGAGAAGAUUUACGGAAUCUGAAUGGCCGAGUUACAGCGCACUGGAGAGAUCACAAGACACGGGGUACGCACCAGGGAAAAAGGAAAAGGCUGAGGAUGUCCAACGUAGACGUGGUACAGCGCACAGCCGCUGCCGCUGCCGCACUCCCCUCACCACUACCUCCAUUCGAGAGCGCAAUGGCUGCCGCUGCUGCUACUGCAACGGCUACGGCCGCUGGAGUUGCGACGAAACCCCAAACUUCCCACUCCUCAACUUCCACGUUGACAGGGACAGUAGGGACAGCAGCACCAGCAGUAGUAGGAUCGACGACAAUAACGAAUACAGCGAUAACGAAUACAAAUAAUUAUAGUAAUAAUUCUUCUUUAGCAGCGAUUUUACCACCACCAACACCAACACCACAUAUCGGAGUUAUAGGGAUAAAGAGGACGAGAAACGGCGAUCAUAAAGAAGGCAGGAAUUCAAAAAGCAGGACGAGGACAUUUACCAAGAGCAUGGAGCCCCCAGUAUUGUCCUUUUACGGCACCCAACCCGUUCCCUUGCCUUCUAGAUUCGGUAGUUUGAAAAAGCGACUUGUAGCCGGUCACGAAUCCGCCCUCGAAGCAUCCUGGGGACGACUAAUUGCCGCCUUGCGCGACGAAGUUAAAUACAUCGAAAAGAGCGGUCCCGGAUUAAUUCCAGAGAUAAAAUUUACCGAUAUAGACGACGACGCCAAAGUCGCGACUUUCAAUGCCCAGCUGAAACGCCACGGCAUCGGUGUCGUGAAGGGCGUCGUCCCCUCGGCCGAUGCGAGCACCUGGGUUGAAGAAACGAAGAAGUAUCUUGAGAUGAAGCACGAGUAUAAGCCACCACCAGCGCAAGACCCGACAUGUUUCGAUUUCUUCUGGACUCCCGCGCAAGUGCGGUCGCGCGCGCAUCCGAAUGUUUUGCAAGCGCAACGGUUCGCAAUGUCGCUGUGGAACACGAAUAACGACGACCGACUUGCGACGCGGUUCCCGAUCACGUAUGCGGAUCGAAUCCGAAUAGAAUCUUUCACCAACGGAAACCUUACCGUGAACGGGGCCGUAACAGCGACGCAUGAGGACAGCUUAAUCGCUGCUGCAGCCGCGACAUCGGCUGCACAGAUCGCGCAAGUAGAUAACGGAAGCUUGGAGCGCUGGGAACAGGACGGAUACGGCCGCACCGGUCUAUACGAUGCUAUCUUCAAGGGCGACUGGGAAUCAUACGAUGCAUGGGAUCCAGCGGGUCGCAUCAACGCCACGUCCGAUUUAUACAACGGCGCAGGCGUGUGUUCCAUGAUGCGCCUCUUCCAAGGUAUCCUCGCCUUAACGGUAGUAGAACCAGGCAUGAUCAGACUCCUCCCUUCGCCCAAGCUAUCAACAGCAUACUUCCUCCUCCGCCCCUUCUUCACACCCAAAGAAGGCCCACCCCCACAAGGCGCCAGCGCCGAAGAAUGGAACGCGUACCUAGACGCAUCGAACUGGACAUUAGAGAAGGAACCCUCCACGAUAAUACACGGCGCGGUCCCAGGCCACGCACAGCGCGUAACAGCAGCAUGGCACCCCCACCUCCAACUAGACAAGAGCCUCGUAACAGCUCCCACCCUACAAGUCGGCGACUACAUAGUCUGGCACCCAGACCAAGCGUACCAAUUCUCCAACACCAACUACCGGACCAACAGCCGACCCCAAACCUCCUCCUCGUCCGGCGACGUCCCUCCCGACGACAAAGACAACACGUCCAUGCUAGUAUACACGCCCGCCGCGCCUUUAACCCAAACAAACGCGCUGUACCUCGCACGGCAGCGCAAGACCUUUCUCCGGGGACAUCCAGGUCCAGACUUCGACUCGACGGGAACCGGCCUAGGUAGCGAAGCGCCGCACACGGGACGCUUAGGGGAAAAAGACAUCCGCGAAGUCGGCGGGGAAGAAGGGCUUCAAGCGAUGGGUCUAGCGCCUUGGAAUCUCAGCGGGAGCGGCGCGCAGACGCGCGUUCACCCACACCCACGGCACACCUCCUCCACCUCCACCCCCUCAUCCGCAUCAAAAGACCUCUCCAAAGAGCCCGGGAAAGAAAAGCCCGAAAACGGAACCGGAAACGUAGACGGAGACGUAGACAUGGACACCGGCAGCCGAAGCAGCAGCCGGGACAGCCGAUCCAGCAGCAGCACGCAAGCGGAAGCAGAAGUCGUGCGGCUAGCGAACAUAAUCCUGUUCCCGGACCGAUACGACUUCUACAUGCCGACACGAGCGAGCAGCCCAGCUGCAUCCGCGACCGCAACGCGUGGAGAUCGAGGGGAGAAGGAGCGGGAGCGGGAGCGGGAACGCGAUCGGGAUAUGAGGGAGAGGGAAAGCUCUGAUAGGGAUAAGGAUCGGGAUAAGGCGAAUAGAGAGAAUAGGUGAAUAAGCAAGGUUAGUAAGAACACAUGACAAAUGGCAAAUAGAGAGGCGAUGGGGGUGGCGGGGUAAGGCAAGACACUACGCAUAUCAACCGGUGGGAACUUAUAAAAUUCAUGGGAACGGGACGGGAUGGGUGGAUGAAGGUCGGGACGAGAGGUUAAGGGCGCACGAGCAACCCCUUAGCAAGGGUAAGGGGCGAGCGAGCUGCCGGCUGCUACGUAUGAAGCUGUAUCCAUAUACCUACGGUACUCUCCCUCUGUUCUACGGGAGCAUGCAUCAAGAGCUGCACUGGGCAGUUAAGAGAUAGAACCAGCUAAGUCAAAUCGAGUCGGUAUUGAAAAGUCUCCACGGCUUUUCUCCUUAAGUGAACGAGAAAAAUGGCAUCUCGUCGU